AUGGCGCAAUUAAGAAAUGUUUUGUUUUUGUGCGCUUUUGUUGGCUGGAUAUGCUUGUCUAGCACUUUAAGAUGCCCGCAGUGUCAGCACGUGGGGCUUCACACGAAGAACAUCCCAAGCACGGACCAAACGUUCGCGGCGGCAGGAGCCAUGGCGGACCCCGCGUGCCGCGACAACCUUAAGCCGGCAACAGAGUGCACCUCGAGCUAUGAAAACAUGUGUGAGACAAUGUACAUGUCCCUCGUGGCCACAGGCAUGAAAACAGGUUACCCUGGCGGCGCAGUUGAGUCGAAGACGACUAUGCGGAUGUGCUCGUUCAGGACACAAAACACCACAAUGAACACAUGUGAGCCAAUUGAUUUGUCCAACCUUCCGGUGCCAUCCGUUGACCAGAUGUUGAAGGUCCUGCGCUUGCAGUUCAAAAACGUGAACAUAACUGGGGUCACUUGCACAGGCGCCGCUUCAAAACCCGCGUGGUAUGACGUGGACCACCUGAAGGAUAUUCCACCAAACUCUGCGGACCGUCCUGCCGUCCGUCUGCUUGUGUGUCUGUUUCUACCAGUGUUGGCAUUGUUUCUGUGAUCUUUGUAUAUUAACUGAUAUAAAAGUGUUGUAAAUGAUGAACGGUAUGGCAAUGAUAAGUGAAACAAAAGUAUUAUGUGAAAUUCAGAUGGGAAUGAACUCCUAUUAUUUCAUUUAGUGAUUCAUGAAAUAUAACAUUUAGUGGCAUGUGACCUAGACCUAUGUCUUUAAACCUAUUACAAUGGUCUACAAUUACAUAACUAUGAGCUUUAGCAUUUCAGGAAUGUCCGCCGGUCAGAAAAUGCUAAAUCUCGUUAAAGACUUGCCCUGUUAGACUUUUGGCAAUGUUCUGACACUCGUACAAUGCAAUAGUUCAAAGUUAUUUUUGGAGUGACUGCUUGAUUUAAUCUGAAGAAAAAUGCAUUAUUUUGAGUUAAUUCAAGCCGGAUAACAUUUCCUCCUUAGCCAUUGGACCUGUGAACACAGUAAAUUUGUAAGUUUCGUUUUUUUUCUUUUAUUUACAC